AUCAUCAAAACUUCUUUUAAUAAAGUAGCAUUGUAAAUUUAAUUUUUUUAAGUUGCAUUACUGAGAACCAAAACAUGUUCAAAUUUGUUCGUUGCAUGGUAUUAAUAACAGUUUUUUAAAACCGCUUAAAAUGGUCGAUAUCGAGAUAAUUCUUCGAAGUGAAAUGGUAUGCUAUAAAGAAGGUAUUGUACCAGUUGUUCAAAAGUAUCUGGAAAAACUACAACCAAAACCUAACACAAUAUUAAAAAAUUUUGACCAAGAUGAAGAUAUCGUUUUGUACAAUGAUGUUCAGUCCAUUAUUAUUGGAGAUUUAAAAGAUAAAGAGCAAACCUCUAUUGAUUUUAACUCUCAUAAUUUGCAAUGGUAUGUUUAUAGUUUGGAUUCUUAUGGUCCAUUAAACCUAACAUCAGAAGAUGAUGAAGAUCAAAUAUAUGGCUAUCAUUAUAUUUUACCAUCUGCCGAACUCUGUGAUAUUUGGGAAAACUUGUACUAUGAUAAUGAUAUAAAAGAAAAUUUACUCAAAUAUGCCCAGACUAUGAUGAAAUAUUCUGACAAUGGAAUCAAUGAAAAUAUAAUAAGUUUUAACAAAGUUGUAUUCUUGCAUGGACCUCCAGGGACUGGUAAAACAUCAUUAUGUAAAGCAUUGGCACAAAAAAUUUCUAUCAGAAUGCAAAAUAGAUUCCAAUCAGGUGUGUUUAUUGAAGUCAAGACUGAUGGCCUGUUUUCUAAAUAUUUUUCAGAGAGUGUUAAAUCAGUAAACAAAAUGUUCACAAAAAUACAUGAUAUAAUUGACAACAAAAGUUUAAUUGUAUGUGUUCUGAUAGAUGAAGUUGAAACUUUAACACAUGCAAGAGAGUUAUGCACAGAUACUGAUCCUAGUGAUUCUAUAAAAGUUGUGAAUGCAGUUUUAACGCAAAUUGAUCAGUUGAAACGGUUUCCAAAUGUGUUGGUAUUUGCAACAUCCAAUAUGACAGAUACAGUUGAUAUUGCUUUUGUAGAUAGAGCUGAUAUAAAACAAUACUUAGGAUUACCUACCAGUAAAGCAAUAUAUAAAAUCUACCAUUCAUGUUUGUGUGAACUGAUAAAGACUAAAAUAAUACAAAAUGAUGCAGAGUUACUGGAUACUACUGAAUUCUUUUUAAUUGAUCUAGAGAAGUUAAGUGGUAUUAAUCUGAAAUUGUGGGAAAUUUGCAAGAUGAGUGAAGGAUUAAGUGGUAGAAGUUUGAGGAAGGUUCCUUUCAUUGCUGAUGCACUGUUCACUAAAAGAUCAUUUUCACCACUUUCAGAGUUCUUAAGUGCUAUGAAGAAAGCCAUAGAAAUGGAGCAUGCAUCUAGACAAUCUUUCAAAAAGCUAAAACCUAAUAAGGAUUAAUGCUCAAAUGUUGUAAUUUUAUUUUAUUUAUAUCUUGUUUAAUUACUAGGUAAUAAAUAAACAUUUUUUUAUAUAAAAA